AGUCACGCUUUACAAGGCAGCCACAGAAGAGACGUCAAGAGGAGGACCUAGCGAAAGAGAGAGAGAGAGUGAGAGAGGGGAGGAAAAAAAUCCCGCUCUCCGUUCUGCCGCCUCUCUUCGAGCAUCUAGCGAAGAGGAGCGCGGAGGGGGACACCUCAAAAAAGCGGCUUGGCACAUUUCCUUGCCGCCUCGCCUGGCCAUUUCUGCGGCAGGAGAGCUGCCCCACGGCCCCUCUAUCACUGACCACAAGAAGUAGCACCAGGAGAAGACGAUCACAAUCCUCGUCGGGAUGCUUAACAACCUGACUGACACAGAGGAGGGGGACGGGGGAGCGCAAAACCAGGGUGACAAUAACCCCAAGGAGAGCAGCCCCUUUAUCAACAGCAGCGAUGCAGCGGCCGAGAAGAGCCAGCAGUACGAUGGCAAGCACAUGGCCCUGUUUGAGGAGGAAAUGGACACCAGUCCCAUGGUGUCGUCUCUGCUCAGCAGCCUGGCCAACUACUCCAACCUGCCGCAAGGGAGCAAGGAGCACGAGGAGGCCGAGAACAACGAGGCUGAGCCGUCCCGCAAGAAACCCGUCAAGGCCCCCCAGCUCGGCACUCUGAUGGGCGUCUACCUGCCCUGCAUCCAGAACAUCUUUGGCGUCAUCCUCUUCCUCAGGAUGACCUGGCUUGUCGGGAUCGGAGGGAUCAUUGGAACCUUCGUCAUCGUCUUCAUGUGCUGCACCACCACCAUGCUGACUGCCAUCUCCAUGAGCGCCAUUGCUACCAAUGGAGUCGUGCCAGCUGGAGGCUCGUACUACAUGAUAUCCCGUUCGCUGGGCCCCGAGUUUGGGGGCGCCGUGGGCAUCUGUUUCUACCUGGGGACCACUUAUGCCGGAGCUAUGUACAUCCUGGGUGCCAUCGAGCUGCUCCUGAUCUACAUUGUACCCAAGGCGGCCAUUUUCCCGCUGGAGGGGCUGGAGGGCGCCGAGGCGGAAGCAGCCCUGCUAAACAACAUGCGGGUGUACGGCACCAUCCUGCUCACGUCCAUGGCCACCGUGGUGUUUGUCGGUGUCAAGUAUGUCAACAAGUUGGCUUUGGUCUUCCUGGCCUGCGUCAUUCUUUCCAUCUUGGCCGUCUAUGCCGGCGUUAUCAAGACUGCCGUGGAUCCCCCCGAAUUUCCCGUUUGUUUGCUGGGCAACCGCACGCUCGUGUCCAAGUCAUUCGACGUGUGCGCCAAGACGGUGGAAACGGCCAACGGGACCGUGACCACGCAGCUGUGGCGUAUGUUUUGUGAUUCGCCCCUGCUCAAUGCCACCUGCGACAAAUACUUUGUGGCCAACAACAUAACUAAGAUCCAGGGCAUCCCCGGAGUCACCAGCGGCCUCUGGACAGAGAACCUGUUUGCGACGUACUACGAGAAGGGCGAUCUGAUCGCCCGGAUCAACAUGGAGUCCGCGGAGGACGUAGAUGACCCCCUGACCAACGCCAAUCGCUACGUGCUGGCCGACAUCACCAGCUUCUUCACGCUGCUGGUUGGCAUCUACUUCCCUUCAGUGACAGGAAUCAUGGCCGGCUCCAACCGCUCGGGUGACCUGCGCGACGCCCAGAAGUCCAUCCCGGUCGGAACGAUCGCGGCCAUCACCACCACUUCCUUUGUCUACAUGUCCAGCGUCAUUCUGUUCGGCGCCUGCAUCGACGGCGUGGUCCUCCGAGACAAGUUUGGGGAAGGAGUGCACGGGAACUUGGUGAUCGGCACGUUGGCGUGGCCAUCGCCUUGGGUCAUUGUGAUCGGCUCCUUCUUCUCCACCUGCGGGGCCGGACUGCAGAGCCUGACGGGGGCGCCGCGUCUUCUCCAGGCCAUCGCCAAGGAUGGAAUCGUCCCCGCGCUACGGAUCUUUGGACAUGGGAAAGCCAACGGGGAGCCCACAUGGUCCUUGCUGCUCACCGCCCUCAUCUGCGAGACCGGCAUCCUCAUCGCCUCCCUGGACUCGGUGGCUCCCAUCUUGUCCAUGUUUUUCCUAAUGUGCUACAUGUUCGUCAACCUGGCCUGCGCCCUACAGACUCUACUACGGACCCCCAACUGGCGGCCCCGCUUUAAGUUCUACCACUGGACUCUCUCUUUCCUGGGUAUGAGCUUGUGUCUCACGCUCAUGUUCCUCUGCUCCUGGUACUACGCCAUUGUUGCUAUGGUGAUUGCCGGUUCCAUCUACAAGUAUAUUGAGUUUGCCGGUGCGGAGAAGGAGUGGGGUGACGGCAUUCGAGGUCUGUCCCUGAGCGCCGCACGUUACGCUCUUAUGCGUCUGGAGGAAGGUCCCCCCCACACCAAGAACUGGAGGCCCCAGCUGCUGGUGCUGGUGAGCGUGGAUGCCGAGCAGAACGUGGAACAGCCCAGGCUGCUUUCGCUCACCAACCAGCUGAAGGCGGGCAAGGGCCUGACCAUCGUGGGCACAGCCCUGGUGGGCACCUACCUGGACAAUUACGAACACAGUCAGAAGGCCGAGCAGGCGCUGCGUAAACUGAUGGAGACGGAGAAGGUGAAGGGCUUCUCUCAGGUGACCGUGUCGUCCAACCUGCGCGACGCCACCUCCCAUCUGCUCCAGGCCAGCGGCCUGGGCGGACUCAAGCAUAACGCCGUGCUGGUGUCGUGGCCGCGCAAUUGGAAACAAGGCGACGAGCAUCAGACCUGGAGGAACUUUGUCGAGUUGGUGAGAGAAACCACUGCAGCUCACCUGGCCUUGCUGGUACCUAAAAACAUUGCGGCUUUCCCAUCCAACGGCGAGCGCUUCACCGAGGGCCACAUUGACGUGUGGUGGAUUGUCCAUGACGGAGGCAUGCUGAUGCUGCUUCCCUUCCUCCUGCGCCAGCACAAGGUUUGGAGGAAGUGCAAGAUGCGCAUCUUCACCGUGGCGCAGAUGGACGACAACAGCAUCCAGAUGAAAAAGGACCUGACCACCUUCCUCUAUCAUCUCCGUAUCGACGCCAUGGUGGAAGUGGUGGAAAUGCACGACGGCGACAUUUCGGCAUACACCUACGAGAAGACCCUGGUAAUGGAACAACGCUCGCAGAUGCUCAAGCAGAUUAACCUGACCAAGACGGAGCGUGAGAGGGAGAUCCAGAGCAUUACUGACUCAUCCCGUGGGUCCAUUCGGCGCAAGAACCCAGCCUCUGUCACGACCCAGCUGAGUGUGAGCGAAGAACCGCCAGAGGAGAAGGAGGAGAAGCCCGAGGAGGAGUCAAAGUCGGCCUCUCCCCCUGUGCCCCCCCCUGCCCAGGUGCAGCUCAUCCACGACAACACCACCCCGACCAGCCCCGCUACCGCUGCACCCCCACCGGCCCCGGCCGAGGUGGCCCAGAGCCCCGGGGAGCAGGUUCAAAUGACCUGGACGGAGAAGUGCGACGGCGACGCCAGCAAGCCGGCCGGCGCUGCCACACCGUGCGGCAUCAAGGACAUCUUCAACAUGAAGCCUGAAUGGGAGAACCUGAACCAGUCCAAUGUGCGACGCAUGCACACGGCGCUGCGACUCAACGAGGCCAUCAUGAAGAAGUCCUCGGAGGCCAAGCUGGUCCUACUCAACAUGCCCGGGCCACCCAAGAACCGGACGGGUGACGAGAAUUAUAUGGAGUUCCUUGAGGUCCUCACCGAAGGUCUCAACCGGGUCCUUCUGGUCCGCGGAGGCGGACGCGAGGUCAUCACCAUCUAUUCCUGAAAAAGCACCCCCGCCCCACCCCUCCCCUUCCCUCCAACCAACCUGACCAUGACCAAUCCCCCCCACCACCCGCCAGUCCUGCUCCUGUCUCACCCAACUCACUCAAUGCUGCUUCAUCUGCUUCAUGUCGCACUCACUGUUUAACGGCAUAUCAUACCCAACAGGCAGCCCGACUCGGCGAGCAGAAUCGCACCGGGUCCAGCUGUAGCUGUUGGUUCCGUCUCGGUUAGCGUCGGCCAAGCCGUGGCUGCGAAUGCAUGCAAACUUGGCUUUUCCGUUCCAAUCGGUGUCGUUUGCAAAAGGUGAGGAAAAAAAGGCAAAGAAGAUGCUUAAAAGGUCUCCCGUUGUCGGGACCUUAGCCCGCCGCUAAGACGACCACCAGCCAAGAAAGGGGUCUUCACGUACAAACUGUGAACUCCACGCAGCGUCGUUUGCCCAACUGUAUGUGCCAAAAACAAAAAGAGGGAAACAAAUCGUUCUUUUUUUUUUCCAAAACAAUGAAAUAUCAACGGCUUUGUUUUUUAAUUUGACACAAAAAAACAACAACUCUCACAUAAGACCAAAGAUACCAAAUCCCCAAGGACCGCUUGUGCACAUUUGAGAUGUUUCCCUUUUCCAACACACCUAAUGAUCUGCUCCUCAUCAAUCUCUGCCGGAGCCUGAUAACGAUCCCAAUCGUUUGGAUCAAAUGUGAAGCAUCUAAAACAUGCAGGAUAGCAGCCCCUGAGGACCGCAGUUCGAUACUUGGUUAAUAGAGUUUGGUUGUGUGCGCUUCAUUCAAAACAAUGCAAUCACAC